CAGAUUCAUCCACUGUUAAAAAUAAUAAUAAGUGCAACAAAUAUUUGAAAAGAGGAUGCAUGAUACCGUCAGAGUUUCAAAAUUAAGAAAAACCUGCUUAGUCCAUUUUUACAAGUCAGGAAUGAAAAAUUAUACAUAUAUGUUCAACUUACACCUUUUCCUGUGUACUAAAGGAAAAGGUUACAAAAUCAUUUUUAUAGACGUGUGUGUUCACAACAAAACAAACAAAGUAGUGGGCAAAGAUCACACCAAGAGCUGAGACUGUCAGAGGUGAGAAAGAACCCAAGGGCACAAAACACCUGCAGAAAUCUCUACGAGUUGCUAAAAUCAUUGUCCAUGCCUCCACUGUAACAGAAACAGUGGAUAAAAACAUGCGACAUGACUCAUCUGUUUUUUCCCUCUGUACUUUUGUAGGGUCUUUACCAUAUAAAGCACCUUGAGGUGACUGUUGUUGUGAUUUGAUGCUAAAGUAAUUGAAUUGAAUCUGGUUGGAUUGUGAUUAUAUUGCCAUAUAAAAGUUGCUGAGCACCUAUGUCAUCCUGCAGCAACUAUGUCACUAUUUCUGUUUAAAAAUCUUUGAUUUUGUUGUUACUCUCAAUAUAAUUAGUCCAUGUAAAUCUCUGUGUAAGUGGAUGGCAACAAGACAGCACUGCAGUACGGUGGAUGGCACUGUUGCGUUACAGCAGGAAGGUCCUGGGUUACAAGCCACCAUCUAGCCGUGUUGUUUCUGUGUGGAGUUUGCAUGUUGGUCUGGUGUCUGCGUGCUUUCUCUAGGAACUCCGGCUUCCCCCCACAGUCCAAAGACAUGCAGUUAGCGAGGUUAGGUUAAUUGGUGAGAGGGUAUACCCCACCCUUGUGGAAGCUGGAGUGAUGGAUAGAUGGCAACAGGUUCACAGUUUCUCUCUUUUAUCACAGUUAAUCCACAAAGCAUCACAAUCAGAUUACAUGCAAUUGCCAGCUUGACUUCAUUCAGCUCCUAUCGUUGAUUUUGUCUCAUCUUGAUUCACCGAAGUCGCUUUAAAGAUGCCGACUGACCUCAAGUCUUCAAACUCGUCUUUGUCUUCCAAGCAUUUAUUUUAAAGGCAAUGAGGCUGCAAACUCGUUGGACGUGUUCACAAUAAUUUUAUAAUCCAACUACUGUUUUUCCCAAGUGUGACUGUAGAAAAAAGCUUUAUUAAAGGUUGCUUAUAAUAAACCUUCAGUUUCUAACAGAAAUUUAAUUAAGCUUGUGGUAAUUACAAUUUACUGCUCUGCUCGCUGUCAGUCCCUCCUCUCUUGUCCAGGAUGCUCUUUAAAGGCCUUUUUAUUAUUAUUUUUUUUUUAAUUUAGUGGUGUUUCUGGGGUUAAACAGAGGUUAGAUAAAACCAUUAUUUAUUCAGGCUUUCAUCCUUUGGGGAUUAACUGAGCCUGUUUAAAAAGUAAAACUACAUGUCUGAGGUACCUUUAAUUAAAGAUUUAAGUCUUCAGCUGGAGCCGGGGGCCUAACGGAGAGGUGCAGGGAAGUCAGAAAGUUUCGAGAGCUAUUGUUUGUUUUGGUCUUUUCACCGGAUUUGCUUUCAGUAAGUCGAUAACAUUUGCUCAUCCUUUAAAGAUCACUUGAAGUUUUGUGCAGCGUCUUCUCUAUCAGAGCGCUGCUCCUCUGAUCCACGGCGUGGAUUCAGUCACGAAUGAAUGAAGCAGACUUUCACAGGGGAGAAGAAGACUUGAGGGUGCAAAACCUGCCAACUGACUUUAUGCCCUUUGGCUGAAUGUUGGUACAGUCUGUCUGAAUAGCAGGUGUGAAAACCGCCUGGUAUGUGUGUGUGUGUCAUUUUUUAAUGUGCUUACAUUUCUCUCCUCUCGCUGCUUUUCUCACUUCUUUUCGACUUGAAAGAAAAUCAAGGCCACAAGCGUCACACUUAACUGCUUAUGGUUGUGACAGUCUGGUUAUGUUACAGUCAUUCAUUCUUUAAUCUGCUCCAUCAGAUAUUAGAACAUCCUCAUCUAAAUCUAUAAUUACUAAUGUUUUCUUGACAUUCCCGUAUACACAGGAAUCUUUUACCCAUCUGACAUUAGAGGAUUUUGGCAAAGGACCAUGAGAGGUAUGAAGGGAGGCAAAAUGUGAAAAACAAACAUGUCCGCCUUCUUCUCACCUUUAAACCGAGAUGCAAUCACCGUGCUCAGAUCAGUCUGAGGAAGAAGGACAGAGGAUACGACUAAAGCUGAAUUCUCUGCUGGUCAGCAUGCAUGCUCCGUACGUGUCAGCGCUGCUCUUUCUUCUGCUGCUGAGCUUCCUGCCUCCUGCAGAGGGGAGCGAGGCGGCUGGCAGGAGGGAGGAGAGGGAGAAGCGAAGCGUGCCGUACUGGGGCCUGUGGUCAUCUGACUUUUUCGGAUGGUUGGAGGAGUUGCGAGCCCAGGCGGCCGAUAAUGGGAUGCUGGACCUGGCUCGCACCUUCUGGGCUCACUUCCCCAUCAGCAGCGAGCUGGGCUAUGACAGCCCCGAGCCCGAGCCUGAGACUGAGGAGUGAGAUGAAGGGUACAGAUGGAAAACUGAAAGAUCUUAGUACAGGAAGAAGUUACCUGUUUAGAUGUUUACAGGAAAAAGUCAUCACAUGUGAUGAUAAAUCAUUGUUAUUAAAGUGCAUGAAGAAAGAAUGUUUUUUACAUGCUUUAAACUUGCAAAAAAAACCCCAAAAACAAUGUCACUAUGCAUUUUAUCUAAACAUGUUUACAGCAGGGAGAUAUAAUGUGGGAUUAUAUAAUUAGAUACAAACUUGGGGCAUCUUACUUUAGCUUCUUUACUCUGUCUGUAUUACACUGGCACAUGGUCGAGGUUAUUUCACUUCUUGCUCACUGACAGCUGGGAUACACUGCAGUCUUUUUUUUAAAAAAGCACAAAGAGAAAAAUAAAUUUAGAGCAGA